CUCAACACAAGGUUUCCUUGGCUAGGAAGAAUUGUAUGCCUCUCACCAGAAUUAGUGUAUUCCCCUUCCACUAAGUUAUGUCAAGUUCUGAGGGAAGCAAUGAGACUGAAACUUCUGCGCCUUCAGACUAGAUCUUUCCACGCUUUAACAACAAUAUGCCAGUGCCGAAGCUUUAAUAAAACUGGACAUCCACUAUUAAAGCUGGAUAGUGAAGUUGACAGAACAGCAAAGUCUUGGAAUUUGUAUGCUCUGAAAACUGCUUCCCCUUGUUUGACAACUCGAUGUGUGGAAGUCAAGAAUUGGAAAUUGGUCCAAGGAAAUGUAUCACCUUUGGGAAAAUAUAUUUACUAUCAGAGUGGGGAAGUUUUUUUCCCAUCCUGGAAACGUUUUGGUGUGGCGAUGACAGAAGAUUACAAGCUCAAUACAGAGCACAUUAAAAAGCUUAGGAACGUAUCAUCAAGGUUUUACUCUGUUGUAUCAGCUGGGAAAAUUAUUCCAAAACACAGUAACCAGCCAGUUAAGAGGCCACCGAAGGCACCAAGGACCAAGCAGCCAUCCAGAACUAACCAGCCACUACUGUCAGACAUGGAGAAUCUGAUGCAGUGCACAGCCUUUGCAACAGCAGAUGAAUAUCAUCUUGGUAAUCUGUGUCAUGACCUGACUUCACAUGGAUAUGUUGAAAUAACAAGUUUGCCUAGAGAUGCUGCAAACGUUUUGGUGAUUGGUACUGAGAAAUCUGCAAAAGAUGAUGAUUCUGGCAUGAUUUUUUUCUUCAGGGAAGGGGCUGUUGUGUUUUGGAAUGUGGAAGAGAAAAGUAUGAAGAAGAUCAUGCAAGUGCUAGAACAGCAUGAAAUUCAGCCAUAUGAAGUUGCACUAGUCCACUGGGAGAAUGAGGAGAUAAACUAUAGAAUAGGAGAAGGUCAGACAAAGCUUCAUAAAGGAGAAAUCUUAUUAAAUUCUGAACUGGAUAGUGAUGAAGUUGUUCUGCAGAAAUUUGCCUUUUCAAAUGCUCUUUGUCUUUCUGUAAAGCUGGCUAUUUGGGAGUCAUUACUGGAUAACUUUGUGGAAUCUAUCCAGUCGAUUCCGGAGAUACUGAAGUCACGAAGGAAGGUAAAACUGUCUCACGCGGAUGUAAUGCAGAAAAUUGGAGAACUCUUUGCAUUAAGACACCGUAUAAAUCUGAGUUCAGACCUGCUAAUAACACCCGACUUCUACUGGGAUAGAGAAAAACUGGAAGAGCUUUAUGACAAGACUUGCCAGUUUCUCAACAUUAAUCGCAGAGUUAAGGUAAUGAAUGAAAAGCUUCAGCACUGCAUGGAGCUGACAGACCUAAUGCGGAACCACCUGAAUGAAAAGCACACUCUGCGCCUCGAGUGGAUGAUAGUAAUACUCAUCACCAUAGAGGUUGGUGGGGUUUUCUCUACUAUCACAUUGAAAAUGUAACAAGAAGUGCAACUUACAUGCUUCAGAAUUUGAGAAUCGGGAUUAUUUUACUAAUGUACUGUGUAAGGGGAUUAGUCUUCAGUUCUUUGCAAGUAACUUUUAAAUCACAGCUGCAGUUAUUUUUCAGAUUAUCUCGUUAACAGCAUAAACUGUUUUAAGGAUUAUUAAAUCAAAUAAAAAU